AUGGCACGUGACCGGCUGCUGGCGCCCUACUUGGAGAUCCGAGAAACAAAGUCCAAGGGCCGCGGAGUCUUUGCAGCCUCGCAGAUUCCUCGUUUCGAGGGGGUGUUGACAGCGCGGAUUUGGGCCGUCGCCUUGGCACUUCCGGCCCGACCCUUCCGCUGUCGCUCCUGCUUCCGGGUCAGUGGACACGGCGCGCUGCUCCAGGCCUGCUCCGUCUGCGGCGAGGCUUACUUCUGUGCCACGUGCCGCCAGUCUGCUGAGACAGAGGAAAAGCACAGGCACGAGUGCCUGCUGCUUCAGCGCCUGGAAGGCUUCAGCUCCAAGCAGGUUCCGACGGAAGUGCGUGCGAAUGUGGCCUUGCUCAUUUCCUUGCAUGCUUUCCUUCAGACUGAUCCAACAGGCAAUGUGAGCGACCUUCUGGACUUGGUGCAAGAGCCGCUGUCGCGACCGGGUGCCCGGCGCCGCGCGCGGCUUCGGGCCGUGGCUGCGAAGCUCUUCCUGGAGAUUUUGAAGGACGCUGACAGCGCUUUACGCCUGCAGUCGCCUCCGCCUCCGCGGCGCCUCGAAGCAGAAGUCCUCACUGCCGUCUUAGCGGCCGUGCCACUGAACGCCUUUGGUUUGGGACCAGAGGGUCGAGACGGCCACGGUCUCGCCCCCGCCGCUUCGUACACCAACCAUAGCUGCGUGCCCAACUGUGUCGAACAGAUUGGCGGGGGAUGUGUUCACUUCUUCGCGCUGCGUGACAUCGAGCCGGGCGAAGAGAUUACGUUUGCAUACCUGGACCUCAGCUUGCCGCUGGAGGAUCGGAAACGCCUUGUGAAGACCAGCUGGGACUUCUCCUGUGACUGCGCUCGCUGCCGACUCGGGCCGGGCCUCCGGGCAAGCCGCCGAAGCCGCGACUGCGAGUUCUGCGCGCAGGCGCUGCGCGGAGGUCUUGGCUUUUGA